GCAGGCAGGAUCUAUUUAUAAUGAAGCAGUGCAAGCUUGACGUGAUAUUCAUAAUUUUAUGCGCGUGAGAAAAUAGCCCGGACUUAUUCACAAAAAUGUCACAUAUGUUGGAACAGUAGCUGUGCGUCAGAAAGAAGCCAGGAUUUUCUUUUCCAACAAAGAGCAAGCUGGACGUAAUCAUAUGCGUGUGAGAAGGCAGGCAGGCAGGAUUUAUACGUGUUGGACAUAAUGUGUAUUUGAGAAAAUAGUCAGGACAUAUUCACAACGACAUAGCACACACAAGUCGGAAUAUUACCUAUAUACCAGGAGGUAGACAGAAUUUGCUCACAAUAAUAUUAUAGCACGAACUGGAAAUAUAAUAUUAUAUGUAUAUUUAUUUAUGCGCAGGAAUUUUUUCUCAGCAGCAUAGCACACGUUGGACGUAAUACUAUGUGUAUUUAUGAACAGACAGGCUACAGUUAUUUACAAUAUGUGUAUUUAUGAACAGACAGGCUACAGUUAUUUACAAUAUGUGUAUUUAUGAACAGACAGGCUACAGUUAUUUACAAUAUGUGUAUUUAUGAACAGACAGGCUACAAUUAUUUACAAUAUGUGUAUUUAUGAACAGACAGGCUACAGUUAUUUACAAUAUGUGUAUUUAUGAACAGACAGGCUACAGUUAUUUACAAUAACAUAACACCAUAAGUUGGACAGAUUAUGCGUUUGCGAGCAGACAGCUGGAUUUUUUCCACUCAAACAGAGUACAAUUGGAACACGAGUGUGUUUUUGUUGUUCAUUACUCAUCUGAUGACAGCAAGAAUCGACUCUGCAGUCUGGUCUGUUUUCUUCGGAUAAUCCUUCUGUCGCUGUCGUGAUAACCAUGGUGACGGAAGAGGGAGUUGAGUCCAGGAGCAUGUCCCACACCACACCGCCCGCUCAACACUCGUGACGUCAGUGCAUGAAGUGACCGGCCCUGUAUAUACUACCAUCGGCGGUCGCUGCUACAGUCGGGAGCAAGAGCACAUUUAUACUCCACACCACAGACACACAUACGCGCACACACGCGUACACAAACACCUAGAUAAAUAAAUAUACAUAUACAUACAUAUAUAUAUAAAUCUGUCUCCCACCAGCCGGAGUUGUACGGGGGAGUAACCUGUGUGUCAUCUCACGCGCCGGCGAGCGGACAAGCCAGUAAGGAGGACGGCAAGAAGGAACACAUUUAUUUGUUGUGACGGCCAACGCGUCCACUCCUCUAUUAUCUCCCCUGCACCAAAAUCCCGGAGAUUAUUUCGGGGAAAUUUAUGCCCUACCCGAGAUAAUAAAUAGAAGCAGAAGACGGUAAUCGUCCAUUGUGCGCUUUGUCUGCGGCUCGCUUCUCAAGUCAUCGAGUGACGUCUGCUAGCUGGGAGUCGGAGAACCUCUCUGUCUUCUCUCUCGGGAGGAGGCAGCACCUAACGGAUACUCAAACAGGAGGAGGAGAAGAAGAAGAAGAAGGAGGAGGAGGAAGAGGAGAAGGAGGAGGAGAGUGGCCCAGAGUGAGAAGGACCCACCGCGGAGUGGAGGAAGGGCAAGCGAGGAGGUGUCUGCCUCUCCCUCAGUCUCUCACCUUCUGGGAUGUCAGCUGGAAACGCGGCCUAGCACGACUGACCCCGCGGGGCUUCACACGACUGUCGUCAAUUCCUGAUUCUCCUCACGCGCUGUACAGCGAAGGGGCUUAGCAAUCACUUCCUUUCUAUCUUCCACGGAUUACAUCACUCAGCUGAAAGGAACACAAGAUAACUUUCUCCGCUUUUUUUUUAAUUCAGUGCCCGGAUUGUGUGAUUGAGUGCGAGGACACAAGAGGCAGGUCAGUUGGAAACUGCCCUGAGUCCGGAUUUUUGGUGAUUGAGCCAGGGAACAGAAGAACAGGCGGGCAGCGUCCGAGAAAGUGGCUAGUGUCCGAAUGCCCGGAUGGGGCUGGCAUAUUAUGUUCCUGAACACAAUGCCGCAUGGUAGAGGCGGCCCUGUCUUGCUUGGAUUGGUACUGCGCUAGCACUGGGGACAGUUGUGUGGAGUGGUGUGUGUGUGUUUAGUGGUGUGUGUGUGUGUGUUUAGUGCUGUGUGUGUUUAGGGGUGUAUGUGUGUGUGUUUAGGUGGUGUGUAGCCCUCGGAAUAGUUGUGUUUAGGUGGUGUGUCCGGGGAAGAUGCGCUGGCGGCGGAGACAGCUGGUGGGCUCUGUUCUUGCGCUACCGCUGCUCGCGGUGCUGGUGCUUGGGGAGCCGUUCUACCAGCGCAGAGACCACCUGGACCAGACCAAGUACCUCAAGGUCACCAACGAGAACGUCGUCAAGGAUCGCACGGACGCAGAG